AAUAUGGCAUCGGACCAUCCCAGAUUCCUUUUCUACUCCGAAGCCACAUUCGCCCUCUCGAAAAUCACAUCCCACGGCACCGAACUCCAAAACUGAUGAAAGGAAAAGUAUGAAGGAAACGAGUCCCUCCACCAGUUCGUCGGCCGGACCCAGCAGUAGUCAUAGGCCUAGCCCUUCCGAAAGCGAUACCGUCAAAGCUGGUCGUCCAAAAGGACCGAAAGGCAAUUUGUUUUCAAAUUUCAAGUUUUGGUUCAAUGAAGAUCGCCGCAAGCGCAAACAAAACAUGACCAUGCUCACAAACUACGGUCACCCGGUCAAAUCACCAACUCGAAUGGGUAGUCAAAAUAACAGUCCGAACGGAGGAACUGGAGCUUCGGUGGCCUCAUCGAGUCAUGGAUCAGAAUUGCAUAAUCGAAAGGUGCCCGGAGACUUGCAGACUCUAAGAUCCGUCAGCGGCUCUGUUUUGGUUCAUCGCCGCCCCAGCAAGGGUUCGCGUCGGUCUUCUAUGCAAUCAACUCGCCAGCUAUCACUGGAGCUUCAUAACGCGUCCAAGGCCUCCAAGCGCUGCAGUGGUUCUAGUCGGGCCUCAUUUGGAUCAGUUACGGAUGCUCGGACUCCAGGCAGUGAACCUGGCUCACACGCGUCUUUCCCUCAACAUCCGAUCAACCCCAGCCGAGCCUCUUUGGAAGGACAAGGGCGAAAAAGACGUCCUGAUGCUCACGGGCGCCAUGGUUCGAUCAGUUCCGCUGGCUCGCGUCGUUCGGCUGCCGCUUUGCAGCUCCUGACUCCCCACUCAGUUUCAACCAUGCAUCCAGCUUACUCUCGUCGUACAUCAGCUGCGAGCACCACCGUCAGACGUGUCACGGCGCCUGUCAGCGCUACACCCGGUUCUAGUCGUCACCGCCAGCCCAGAGCCUCGUCGUUGACAUCCUCAGUUCGGACAUCCAUGUCUUCGGACGAGGGAGUCCAAUUGAUGAAUCGGAGAUCUUCUGGUGGUACCGAAGACCACCGCUUGCAUUCCCCCAACAAUGUUUAUGAUGUCGAAGAGACGAUUGAAGAGGAAGACGAUGGUGGCGAGGAAAACAAAGGCGAAGAGAAUGAUGAAGGCGUAGAUUUUGAAUCUGGCCUCCAAACUGAUGCCGCUAGACAAAGUGCAUUUCAAAAGCUGUCAGGUGAUAUCAGUGACAAGGUUCAAGGGCGUCCCAGUCUAGAGGGUGCUGCAGCAAAUCAGAGUACCAGCGGCAGCGGAACCCGAACGAUAUUCAUGGCUCACAAACCUCAUUCAGUCUUUGGGACACCGACCCAGGCGUUUUUCGCCCGUUCAAAUCAAUCUCCAAUUUCGAGCAAGUUCAACCCGGCUUAUGGGACUGGUAAUGGGUCGGUGUUGGCAUACGUGAAUCUGAUGAACUCGAUUGCGGAUGGUCCAUCAUCCUCCCGGAAGAGCACGAGCACUCCGAAACUGAGAGAUGUAUUUGCAAACAAGGCUAAGGAGGAAGGGGAGUGGGUUGACUUGGACGAUGAUGACGAUGAAUGCGCAAGAUAUGAAGGAGGAAUCGGGCAGGGCGUUAAAAGCAGAAAUUUCGGUGCGACUGGUGAUCGACCUGGGUCUGGCAUGGACGCGAAAUCCGGAACCAAUUUUGUCAAGAUGGACUGCAAAUUGCCACUCAAAGAGACCAGCAGCAAACCAAACAGUCUACAGACUCAUACCAAACCGACUAGCUCCAAUGGGUCCAUGAUCGCUCAACCGCCUCCUUCGUCUUUAGGAUCAUCAAGCGCUUCCGGUCAUCUUUUUGCAAAGACUGCCGGGAACUCUCCCACUGCUGGAUUGAUCGGGAAUUGGAGGGGCGGGAAUCCUAGAGUGACUCCCACUUUCAAAUCCGUUGCUAUUGAGGAAGAGGAAGAAGAAGAAGAAGAAGAUUGAGGGUCACCUGUAGCCUCUCAAUCCACCAAUCAUUUGCCUUUUGCUAUCCACACUUCUACUAUGUACUUUCUUCUUUUGCCAAGUUUAUUCUCCUUUCUUUGCUCGUCAAGUCAUGAAGAACUCAUCGACAAGAUCUUAUCAAUCAAGCCUCGAAAAUCACAUCUAUUUACUAUCAUUCCGUUCAUUCGUUUACCUACUCUCGACAGUCCAAUUGUUCUUUUAAAAAUACCAGCAUCAUGUACCUUUUUUUUUCCCCUUUGCUUUACUUCUUCGAUCGAUCUCGUCGUCUCCAAAAAAAAAGUAGUACCCUUAAUUCAUAC